CUAAUACAAUGAAGCACGUGCUUUGCUUUCCAGGUCCUUCAACUGUUCUAUGGGAGCACGGGCGUUCUCUCAUGACAGUAUUUUUAUCCCUGAUGGGGGAGCAGAAAGUGAGCAGACAGUUCAAGCAAUGUCACAGGACAGCAUCCUGGGCAAAGUCAAAACUCUUCAGCGACAGUUGGGCAAGAACAUCAAGUUUGGGCAACGGCCGUCUAACGUCAUUCCCAUGAAGAAGGCAGGCAGUGCAGACGCUAGCUCAGAGGAGGACUUCGUCCUCACCAGUCCCAUGGAGAUUGUGACUCAGCAGGAUAUUGUCCUCUCAGACACGGAGAACAAAUCCAGUGAUACACCAAGUUCCUCAAGUCCUCUAAAUCUACCUGAAGCCGGAAGCGACAUGGAGGAGAAGGUUGCUCCGGUUAAACCCUCUCGGCCAAAAAGGCACAUCUCUUCUGCAGGCACCAUCGAAAGUGUCAACCUCGACGCCAUCCCCCUGGCCAUCGCUCGUCUGGACAACAGUGCUGCCAAGCACAAACUCUCUGUUAAGCCAAAAAACCAGAGGGUGUCAAGGAAGCACAGGUGGCUUGCCCAGGACCGACAGAAUGCACCAGGCAGCUUUGAGAGUCAGUCCUCCCUGGACCAGAACGGGCAGCUAGGAGAAGACAAACACAUUGCACAAGGAGAGGAACCAGAACCUCUGGAGUCCCACGAGGAGAAAAGACUGCAGGAAGACUAUUGGCGGGAACUCGAAGCCAAGUGCAAAAGGCAAAAAGCUGAAGCCGCUGAGAAGAGGCGCCUGGAAGAGCAGAGGCGGCAGGCGCUGGAGAGGAGGCUUUGGGAGGAGAGCCUCAGACAGGAGCUGCUGGAGGAGGAGGAGGAGGAGGAGGCUGAAGAGGUAGGCCUGUUGCUACAGGCAGGGAAGGCACCUCCAGAGGAAGGGCCUCAGUCUGGUCUGGAGGAACAGCGCUGUGCAGAGCAGGAGCUGGGGGAAGCCGAUGACCCCACCCGCCUGGAGGCAGAAGAGCGCAGGCGUGAGCAGGAAAAGGCCGAGAGGCAGGCGGAGGAACUGAGGCAGCGCGAGGAGGCCGAGAGGCAGGCGGAGAAACUGAGGCAGCGCGAGGAGGCCGAGAGGCAAGAGGAGGAACUGAGGCAACGCGAAGCCGAGAGGCAAGAGGAGGAACUGAGGCAGCGCGAGGCCGAAAAUCAAGAGGAGAAACUGAGGCAGCGCGAGGCCGAGAAGCAAGAGGAGGAAGUAAGGCAACGUGAGGUCGAGGGGCAGGAGGAGGAACUGAAGCAGCGGGAAGCUAAAAGGCAAGAGGAGGAACUGAGGCAACGCGAGGAGGCUGAGAGGCAGGAGAAACUGAGGCAGCGCGAAGCCCAGAGGCAAGAGGAGGAGGAGGAACUAAGGCAGCGGGAGGCUGAGAGGCAAGAGAAACUGAGGCAGCACGAGGCUGAAAGACAAGAAGAGGAACUAAGGCAGCGGGAGAGGCAGCGCGCCCAGGAGGAGGAAGCCAAGAGGAUGCCGCAGGAGGAGGACGAGGCCAAGCGCAUGGAAGAGCUGAAAGGUCGGGAAAAGGAGGCACCAGAGCCACUGGUGGAGGAAGGCUCGCAGGGUCCAGAAGGAGAGAGCCAGCCUUGGCUAACGGAUGAUGCUGACCAGCAAAGCCCACUGCAGCGGGACCUCGAGAACCCAGGGGAACGAGAAGACCUGGUAUCCGCAGGGCAGAGAGACAUCCCCGAGGAGCAGAGAGGAGAGGUCGAGAUGGCCAUCGAGCCGGUGGAGCAGAGCGGAGACUUGGGCGCGCACUUCGGUGGUGUAGACGGUGUAGACGUGGAAGGGAAAGAAGCCUCGCAGAUAGACAAUCCGCAGCCUCAAGAGAGACAGAAGGAAGGCACGCCGGCCCCGGAGGAGAAGGAAGCUACCGCUGCAGACAUCGAUCGAAAGGUGGAGGAGCUCCGGUGGCAGGAGGUGGACGAGCGGCAGACCAUGCCCCGGCCCUACACGUUUCAGGUAUCCUCCGGGAGUAGGCAGAUUCUCUUCCCCAAAGUCAACCUGAGCCCGGUGACACCCGCCAAGGACGCGAGCCUCGCCCCUGCGGCCCAGGAACCGCCCGCGCCCCGCGGUGCCGCCUCGCACGCCCUGCCCUCGGCGCUGAGCAUCCCACACACGGCCAUUCUGGUCACCGGAGCGCAGCUCUGCGGCCCUGCGGUCAACCUGAGCCAGAUCAAGGACUCGGCGUGCAAGUCCCUCCUGGGCCUGUCAGAAGAAAAGCGCCCAGCGGACGUCCCCACGGUGGAGCCCAGGGCCGGCGGCGGGAAGUCCAAGCCUGCCCCAGAGUCACCGAGCAACGCGGCCGCGCUGGCCGAGUGGGCUUCCAUUCGAUCCAGGAUCCUGAAGAACUCGGAGGGCGACCAGCGUGGCGACAGAGAGCCGGCCAGGGCCGGGGACGAGCCAGCGCCCCGAGCGAGGUGCGAUUCCCGAGGGAACGUACGCAAGACGCCGCCAGUCAACGCCAAGUUCUCCAUCAUGCCUGCCUGGCAGAAAUUCUCAGACAGCGGCGCAGAGAGCUUCAAACAGAGCACGGACGGCGAGAGCGUGAGGAAAAAGCCAGGGCCAGCGCCCAGCGAAGAGGCGACACCCCAGCCUCUACCUGCAGGGGCUCCCGAACUCCAGAGGAACCUGGAGAAGCAAGAGGUAAGCCAGGAACCCCCAGACACCACUGACGGAUGCAAAUUUGCCAAAGACCUUCCAUCUUUCCUCGUCCCGGGCCUGCCCUCUCCACAGAAAGCUGCGUCCCGCACAGAGUCCACGACCUCCUUGGACAGCGAGACCACGAGUGAUGUAGGAAGCCCCGACCCUGCGAUGCCGGGAGGUGAGGAAAAGACCUCGCCCUUUGGAAUAAAACUGAGAAGGACCAACUACUCCCUGCGCUUCCACUGUGACCAACAGGCCGAACAGAAGAAGAAAAAGAGGUACAGCAGCACGGGAGACAGCGUGGAUGGGGACGCCCCUCCUGGAGAGAGAAAUCCUGAAGCCACGCUCCUCAAGCAAGGCCCAUCCCUUCCCCAGGAGAGAAAGCCAGCCCUAGCCCCUCGGAGGGACUCUGCUGAAAGCCAUCCUAGCGGUCACUGUGUUGCUGCUGCAGUCCACCCUGGGCUUCCACCGGCCAGUGGCCAGCCCCCAGCCCCAGAGCAAGACAAGGUAGCGAGCAAAACGCCGCUGUCCAUGCAGAAGCCGGCCCUGGCUCCCAAGCCUGCCAGCCAGACUCCACCUUCAUCCCCACUCUCCAAACUGAGCAGACCCCACGUAGUGGAGCUUCUCACUAGGCGAGCUGGGAAGCCCGACUCCGAGCCCAGCGAGCCUGCCAAGGAGAACCAGGAGAGCAGGGAUAGCCAGCCACCCUCACCAUCACUGCUGGACGAGCCGAAGGGGCAGAAGAGGGAUGAGAAAGAUGUGCUAGAAAAGAAGCCUGCUUCCCCGCCUCUGCCGUCCAGUCAGCAAGAGAGACCUUCCCUAACUCCCGAAACAGGUAGAAAAGAGAAGCCCAUGCUUCAGAGCAGGCACUCCCUCGAUGGCUCCAAGUUGACAGAGAAAGCUGAAACUGCUCAGCCACUGUGGAUAACAUUGGCACUACAAAAGCAGAAGGGAUUUCGUGAGCAGCAAGCAACUCGGGAGGAGAGGAAGCAAGCCCGGGAGGCGAAGCAAGCAGAAAAGCUCUCCAAAGAAACCGCCAGUGUCAGCCAACAGCCCGGAAGCAGUCAGGUGAGCAAAGCUGGGUCGGUGCACAAGCCUGCUGCUCCGUCUGAAGAGAAGAAGCCAGAAACGGCGGUGUCCAAGCUCCAGCGCAGAGAGCAGCUGAAAAAGUCCAACACUCUCCCCACGUCUGUGACAGUGGAGAUCUCAGACUCUGCGCCCUCAGCACCGCUGGUAAAAGAGGUCACCAAGAGGUUCUCCACCCCAGAUGCUGCCCCCGUGUCCACAGAACCUGCCUGGCUGGCUUUGGCCAAAAGAAAAGCAAAGGCCUGGAGCGACUGCCCACAAAUUAUUAAGUAAACAGUGACUCUUAUCCAUCCUGUGGCCAGUUGUUGGCUCUUCUCUUGCCCUUUUUAUUUAUUUAUUUUUUAUAUGAGGUAACGAAACCAGGCUAGGGAAAAGAAGCAUGUUUUUAUAGGCUCUAAAAUAAUGUUUAGAAACGGAACUGGUGGUGUUCAUUGUAAAGAGUGUAUUUGCACAACCCUGGGUCCUGGUGCCUUGAGCUCCCCCUGGUUCUCAAGAGACAGCUUUGUCUGAGGGACCAUGUGAAGCAAAAUCUGCAAGUGAGAGUUCCUCAGGAGAGCCGCCAUGCCCUCCCAUGGCCUUCACAUAUGCACACCCAUGCACCAUUUCAGGACAUGUCCUUUUGCCAAUCUUUGUAAGUUGUUUUGAUUCUCUUCUGUCUAAAACAUUGGCCCUACUAUGUUUGCAUAUGUCACAGUGACAGUCUCACAUAUACAUAAAACAUGGUGUUACUCUCCUGAAUGCAGUAACGGGAAAAUGAGGAAAAAGCUGGCUCCCAACUCUGUGCCUAUGUCUGGUUUUCAUGAAUUCUCCCCGCCCUAAAAACCCACUCCCGCUCCUCCUACACUCCAUCCCCUUUUAAAGACACAUGGACCGUUUGGCCUCUCUGGCUCCUAUGGAACAUUUGUAUUUAACCUGGUGAUAAAAAGGAAAUUCUGUGUCAGACUUGUCUCUGGGAAUCUCUACAUAGUGCAGUGACUCAUCUGCAGCCUGGGCUGCAUCCCCAGACUCUGGGAGCAGAGGGCUUAGAAUAUACAGUUUAGGGGAAACUCUUCAGAUGAACUCUGUUAUAAUCCAAAGGUCAAGAACCUUGGGUUAGACUGGUAUAAUGGAGCUUUUCACACUGUGAAGAGAAGGAUGCGAAAGUGAGAACAAGGAAAUAAAAAACGUCACCCACACCAGCCACGUAUGUAUGAUAGUUUAGGUUACCGGCGUUCCAUGACUCCGAAGUUUUCCCUUGGCCUGUAGGGAAAAUGAACAAGCCAAGAUGUGUAACCUAUCUGUACUAAGGACUUCCAGCAGAGAAUUUCUUUUUCCUUUUUCUUUACUGUACUUGAAUAAUUCAGAGUCGAAUGUUCCAAAGCAUUUACAAUUUAGAGCAUUCACCUUGAUACCUUUAAAAAAAAAAGCAUCUCAGAGUUUUACGUGGCCUUGUUAUCAUACACAUGUGCAUACAAAGAAGGGACUUGGCAGUUUCAAAGCCACAUGUAUUUAUUUCUCUAGAUUUGCUUUGCGUGACACUAGAUGUACCAGCAAACGCCCACGUGCUGCUGGCGCUAGCUUUGUAUUUCAUGCUGCUGGCAUUUUUUCCUUCUUGUAGAUUCUUACUCUAAAACGUAGGUGCGGAUUCUUUGCCCAGUGCGGGGAGGGGACUUACUCCCUUCCUCCUCCCACACUAACAUGUCUUAGAGCAUCCAUUACAACUUCUCCUUUGUGCUGCCGUUCCGUCUGCCCUACAGGAUGGCAGGGAAGCUGUUUGCCAUAUAAGAAACCAUUUUCUCCCUAGAAACAAUAGCUCGGCUUCAUGAAGCAGCUGGCAUGUGCGGUCAAGUGGAGAGCUGUACUAUUGAAGUUGGAUUUAGUAUUACAUGUACUGGACCUUCCUUCAGACUGUUAAGAAUCAAUGUGACUCUUUUUUUUACUGUUUAUUGUAAACAACUAAUAUACACUGCACGUUUCCCACACAGGUGUUCAUUCCUAAACUUCCUGCAUAGACAAUUGUUAGUUUAACGAUUUCCUCACUGAUAUAACACUUUUGAGUGGGAAUCUUUCCACGUAAAGCCCUAGAAUGAUAGUGCUACAGUGAUUCUUCCAAAUUAACUUCUUCUUCCUUCCUGCCUGCCAGCUUUGGCCAGUACCACAGUCAUAGCAGGAAACGGGUACAGAAAUAAGAUGAUUAAGACAUAAUCGGGCUGGCGUGGUGGUGCAUUGCCUUUGAUCCAAGCAUUUUGGAGGGCAGAAGCCAAGUGGCUCUCUGUGUUCAAGGGCAGUUGUUGUACACAGUGAGCUCCAGGCCAGCCAAGGCUAUGCAAUGGAGACCCUGUCUUAAAACAAGGAAAGAAAGAGUAGUGGAUGCAUUCAGACUGACUCAGCCACGAGCCCCACACGCAGCACAAGAAACAGCCUAGUUAAAAAUGCCCCACUAAUGUCCUGGAAAGAAGAAUCUCCUGAGGAAAAGGCAGUCAUCAUACUUGCUAAAGAGUACAUGUUUAACAUUUCAUUAAAAUCACUCCAAGCCUGCACUAAAUACCAAUCAAGUGUUAUUCUGCUCAUUUCUGGGUUGCGCUUUUCUGAGCAACAAACUACGGGGAAAUUCUGUGAAAACAAACAAUUCAAGACUUUUCCUUUUUUAAAAAAAUGAAUGACUGCUGUAUUAAAUAUAUGAAUAUAUAAGCUUUUUUUUAAUUUAAACACACUUCUGGCAAGGUUAUAGAUGAUUAACCUCUGUUCAUAGACUUAUAUAUGGAAGUAGAGUUUUUUGUUUACUUUGAAAAUGUUUCAAGUGCAAUUGUUUCUUAUAAAACAUGGUUGAUUACCAUUAAAUUCUCAUGGUAGCUGGUUAUCUGCAAAUAUAUAGAAUGUAUUCCCCGUCUCCUCUUGUGAUGUUUAGUGUGCUUAUUUUAAAGCAGCAACAUUAGCUACAAGUGUCUUGCAAUAUUUUUACCAACAAUAAAAUUAAGUAGAUACUUAAUAAAAAUUCCUUAGUGUGAUUUUAAUAUUAUUUUGAGAUUUUGGUUGAGUACCGCUUGAAAUAUAAAAAGGCCCAUUAUUUAAGGGAUAAGACCUUUCAAUAAAAUACUGACAAGA